AUGUAUAAUAAUAACACUGGAGGUCAAUCAAGUCCUUCAAAGGGUAUUCGCUUUAGUUUUUUGACACCUUCGGACCAAGCAAAGUUCGAACAAAUAUUUACCCAAAGUGCUGCUGCAUUUGGUGGCAACAAGAUUUCUGCUAACGCAGUAAGCGAACUUCUCAGACGUUCUAAUCUCGAUAAUGAUUCCUUGGCAAAGAUUUGGGAUCUCUCUUCCAUCUCCAACUCACCCUUCUUGUCGUUUCCUGAAUUUGCAGUGGCUAUGUUCUUAACCUCCAAGAAACUCACAGGUCAAGUAUUACCCGCUAGCCUUCCUCCCAAUAUUAGAGAAGAGACAGAAAUUGCUAUGGCCACCAUCGCAUCCACCGAAAACCCUCAACAGCAGCAACAGCAGCUUGUGAAUACACAACAAUAUAAUGUUCAACCUCAGCAAACUGGCAUGAUGGGCUCUCAACAAACAGGUAUGGGUAUGAUGAAUCAACAACCUACAGGCAUGAUGAAUCAACAGACGGGUAUGAUGAAUCAACAGCCUACAGGCAUGAUGGGAUCUCAGCAACCAAUGCAUGCGCAACAGACGGGUAUGAUGUCUCACCAAAUGAUGGUGCCUCAACAAACGGGUAUGUUGGCAUCUCAGCAAUUGAAUAUGAUGACAGGUAUGCCUGCUAAUCGAUCUACACCACCUCCCGUACCGCAAUUACCUAUGCAAACGGGAUAUGGAAACUAUGGCAACUCUGGGCCUUCGUUUAUGCCACCGGCCCCUACCCAACCACCCAAACCUCGUCUUCAAAAUCUGGAUUUUGCAAAGAAGAUGAUGCCUAACCAAAACGGCGUGACGAAUUUAUUGAACCCCAGUUUGGGGACCAGUGAUUCAGACCGAUUAUCAUGGAAGAUCAGUCCUCAGGAUAAACAACGGUAUCGCGAGAUUUUCAAUGCAUGGGAAGGAUCUGGCUCUGGAUUUAUGUCAGGCGAUACAGCCAAGGAUGUGUUGACGCAAUCCCAAUUACCCCCACAGGAUCUGAUGAAGAUCUGGAAUUUGGCCGAUACUGAAAACCGUGGAAGUUUGGACGUGGAUGAAUUUUCAAUUGCUAUGCAUUUAGUCUAUCGAAAAUUAAACGGAUUUGAAAUUCCCAGUGUUUUACCUGCGGAAUUAAAGCCUCCUUCCAGUCUUCUCAAGAAAUUCGUACUCGGUCGUCGUCCUCCUCCUUCCACUCCCUCUUUCAAUACAAGCCCACAACCUCAAGAGGAUUAUAACCUGGAUCAUCACCACCAAAAUGAUUAUGUCUCUAGCUCCCGUCGAAAGG